UAUAAGUAAUUACAACGUCUUGAGUAUCAGGAUUAAUAUCUUAUGCAUUAAUACUUAAUACAUAAUGAAAGAGAAAUGGCAUUUUAUUUUUUACCUUUUAUGGUUUUCUUAUCUGAUUAUCGCAGCAGUUCUUAUGUUCGGGCACGGUUUCUUGUUAUCUAGAAAAACCUUGAGUGAUGUAACAGAAUGUAGCCCUCUCAGUGAGAUAAGCUGUGAAGAAGGUGGUAUCACUAAGGACAAUUGCAAUGAUGAUUUAAAAAUUCGGCAUGUGUCUUGUAAUAUUGGCGCGUUUUCGGUGUGCGCCCCUAAGCGCAAUAGGGUAGUUCUGAUACUGGUGGAUGCCCUAAGAUAUGAUUUUACUGAAUAUGAUGAGAGAAUAGAGAAGCCUCUAUAUUAUCAGAACAGAAUUCCAAUUAUUCAGGGUAUAUUAAAGCAGCAUCCAGAGCGGGCACGGUUAUAUCGUUUUAUGGCAGAUCCUCCUACAACUACUCUACAAAGAAUUAAAGCUUUAGUGACAGGUUCUUUACCUACUUUUGUUGAUGCUAGUUCUAAUUUUGCGGCUAUGGAAUUACAAGAAGACAAUCUAAUUGAUCAGGUGGUGAUGAGUGGGGGUAAGGCAGUGCUGCUCGGUGAUGACACAUGGUCAAGACUAAUGCCUAAAAGGUGGCUGCGUUCACAUGCUUUGUAUUCAUUUCAUACUUGGGACCUUGAUACUGUAGACAAAGAAGUUGAUUCCAAGAUAUAUGAUGAACUUAAAAAUAAUGAUUGGGACUUGUUGGUGGCACAUUAUCUUGGAGUGGAUCACGCUGGACAUAGAUAUGGUCCUAACCAUCCAGAGAUGGCAAGAAAGUUAAAGGAAACCAAUAAUAGAUUACAAAAAAUCAUUGAUACAUUACCUCCAGAUGUAUUACUCUGUGUGAUUGGUGAUCAUGGAAUGACAGAAUCAGGUGACCAUGGAGGUGAAAGUAGAGCUGAGAGGACAGCAGCAAUGUUUGUGUACAGAGGCUCCGGUCUUGGUGAUGAAGGUGAACUGUCUGUGGGAAAGGAGGUACAACAGACAGAUCUAGCGCCCACUUUAAGUGCGGCCCUAGGUCGACCUCCACCCGCCCCUUCUCUAGGAAACAUCUUAUUCUCAGUAUUACCGAAAAUGUCGAAAUCAGUUACUUUACUACACCUAAGUAAUAAUUUAAAACAGGUUACUAAGUAUCUAAUAAGGUAUGGCGAGGAAUCUCAACAAGUGUCGUUAGAUAAAUUAGCACAUCUGAUAAAUGCGACCAGAGACCAAAUAGAAAAAGCUGCCACUGUUGAAACAGACACAGAUCUAAAGAAUUAUAUUUCUGAUGUUAGGAACUUAAUGGAGAAUAUCCGUAGUACGUUUAGAGAAGUUUGGGUGGAAUUUGAUUCGUUGUCGAUGCUCAGAGCACUACUUUUGCUGCUGUUAGCUAUUUUCUUUAAUUGGCUGAUUACUGAAGGUGUUCCCUUCGAGCGUAUAUCUAAUAUAUUCGCCAGUUCAUUCGUUCCGACAGGUCUGAUAUCGUUGGCGGUCUGCACCGCUGUGUGUUACAUUGCCUAUUAUUUUAGUUACCUCGAAGAUCUUGAACAUUCAAUAAUUUUGAGCACCGGUUUAAUCUCUGGUGGUUUAACUUGUGUGCUAGUUAUUAUGCAUUGGGAUGGUAUCACUCAGCGCUGGUACGAAGGCAGGUCCAGUUUCCAUGAGAGGUUCUCGAGAGCCGCUUUAGUAGCUUCUGCCGUUAUUCUAGUUUCCAACAGUUAUGUGAUAGAAGAGGGCGCUAGUUUAUCGUAUUUGGCCUUGUCUGCACUGGGGCUGAUUGCUUGGAAUAUCGGUAACGUCAAAGCGGCGGUGUGUUGGGCGCUUUGUGGCGUGGCUUUAGCUCUGAGUCGGUCGUACCGAGGUUGCAGGGAGGAGCAGGGUGACUGCUGGACAGCAGGGGAGGGGGCGCAGACGGGGCAGGCGUCGCGGGCGGCGCUAGUAUUGGCCCUAGGCUCGGUAGCGGCCACGGUGGCGAUCACCCGGCGGCAUGUGGGUUGGCGGGGCUACGGUAUCACUUUAGGAGGCGUGCUGGUUUGUGCGCAUUGGGCCGUCGGGUGGGGGGCGCUCGGAUCGCCCGCGCAGUCAAAACUAAUGGCGAAGUUAGCGUGGCUGGUUAUAGUAGUCAUGUUUAUAUUAAUGUGGAAGAGAGAUGGGCGCGGUGCUACAAUGCCGUUGAUGGUUUUAGCUUUAGUGCUAUAUCUGGCUAAUGUGUUGGUGUUAGGUGCUAGUUACGCGCCUUCGGCCGCUUUAGCUCUACUCUCUGGCUUCCUGACUCUGAAUAUUGUUUCAUGGUUGAAGACCGAUAAUUCGUCCAAAUUCUCAUUAAGUUCUCGUUGCAACUCUUGCGUUGCAUGUUUAUGGGCUCUACUGGCCUGCUAUAACUUCUACGGUACAGGACAUCACGCCACGCUGGGACAUAUCAGAUGGGCGCCGGUAUUUCACGCUGGGGACCCUAAUUAUAUAUCAAUCGGUCCGCUCAUUACUGUCGUACUUACAUCGCUUCAUCUCUUUGGUAUGCCGUUAAUGUUUGGUGCGACGGUGCCACUGCUACUGCUAUGGGGUCGUAAUGGCGUCUCCACUUUAGGAUCUCGCACACAAAUGGCGGCUGUAUUUUCUUUGUGUCUCAAAUUUGCACUUUGCUUCGCUAUUAGGGUUUUUGUGUGCGCGUUGUCAGCGACAAUUCACUGCCGUCACCUUAUGAUAUGGGGGGUGUUUACACCAAAGUUGUUGUUCGAAAGCGGCGCGUGCGCAGCUGCAUUCCUCGGCACUGUGCUGGGCGCUACACUCACCGCCUGGCAUUUACCUCCACAUCAACGUAACAGUUGACAAAAACGCAACACAUAGGAUACCUCUUAAUCAUU